CUCAUCCAGCACUCGACUCCUCUCUCCUGGAUCUCGAGCUCUCACUCCGGUCCGUCUCUGUGUGAAAUCAGACGUUCUGCUAGAAUGAGGAACCUGGCGGCUCUGCUGUUUCUGCUGUCGCUCUGCUCUCUUCAUCUGGUGUCUAGCGCUCCCCCCAGUUUUGAUUACAAGAAUCGCUGCUGUUCAGAAAUAACUAAAGCGAAGGUCCCUCUAAAGAACAUCGUGACCUACUGGAAGACCAGCAGCCACUGCAACAUAAAGGCCAUUGUCUUUGAGACUCUAAAUAAAGAAAAGAAAAUCAAUCAUUUCUGUGUGGAUCCUACAGAACCUUGGGUCGACAGUCACAUGAAAGCAGUGGAUCGUAAAAAUAACACCCCUCUAACAGCAAAUCCCUGAAUCUCAGCUUUAGAGGAGAUUGCAACACAGCAGAAUAACCUAAUAUUUUGAUCAAAUUUUGUAAUU